UACUCCAACUACCAAUUCAGGGGGUCCAUUUAGUUGCAACGAACCGUCACAUUUUAGGAAGGGGCCUAGUGCCACGUUGUAGUCGUACCCGUGCAAUAGGCAAACAACACAGCCUACAGUACGGUGCAUUGACUGCAGACAGUCUAUGCAUUAUUUGGUUGAAUCAAACCUACAGUAAAAAAAAACGUUGAAAUGUUAUUGCAGCAAGCUUCUUGCGAAAGGGUGUCGUGAAAAUGUCCAACAAGGGAAUAAAGAGUGACUGGUUUCCCAGUGGCCCGGAUGGAGUGGAAGAGUUGAGGACGAGAGUUGAGCCAGGAGACCUAUUGGAAUUCAAAUGCCCCUAUUUCCGACACUGGGGCAUCUACGUGGGCCAAGACGUAGACCGUAGUCUCCGGGUCAUCAACUUCCGUCGGCGGCCGUCUAAGGACCCGAACAAGGAGAACAAACGCCGGUCCCGGGCGAGCAUAUUCGCCCGGUCCCUCCGCUCCCCACACGUGGUGGAGGACACGCCACUCCGAGCGCUUCAGGGACGAUACCGAGUCCGCAUCAACAACGCCAAGGACCAGAUCUGGACGCCGUUCGGCGGGGGAGAAGUGGUUGAACGCGCCCGGGAAGAACUGCGAGCGGCACGGUGCCGCGUCCGCUUCCACCUAAUGCUCAGCAACUGCGAGCAUUUUGCCAACUUCUGCCGGUAUGGUGUGCCGUGGAGUGGGCAGGUCGAGCGAACAGUCUUCCAUUCAUUCGCUCUCCAUGCCUUCGCUGUCCAAGGUUUGCUUCGGGAUGCAGUGGCCAGAAAUUGCAACUACACGAACAGGCUUUAUUUUUACCGAUGGGACAAAAAUAAUUUUCUCUUCUCAAUCGCUUACUGAAAUCAUUCUACUCCAACUAAUUUUUGGGAUUUUUUCUCCGCAAGUCAUCAGCUGCAGUGAGACGUUUGCUUCCAAACUUUAGCUUGGUAUAGUAUUAACUAUUAGAUCGAGAGCAUUGAAAGAAUAAAUUACAGGAAAGUUCGAUUUGACUUAAACAAAAUCAUAUUUAUUUUGAUUUUGGGAUAAACACAUUUCAAUUAAAAAUAUACAUGUACUACACAAUAUUUUCCUACGCGAUUUUAGCAGUAACAAUAAUAACAGUA